AUGUACACUCUCCUGGCUCUCUUGGCUGUCGUUUUGGUCCCAGCGUUGGCUCAGAUGCCAGGGUCUCCCGAUCAUCUUGGCUUUCCAUCUCAGCAGACUACCUGCAGAGUGAGAACUAUUAGAAGAUCUAACAACAACAUGUGCCCAACUGGCUAUACCGUCGUCUCAAAUGGUGAAUGCUGUCCCAGCCAACAAGUCAAUUCAACUGGAACUACUUGUGUUGAUAAGAGAAAUGCCAACGGAGUAAACGAGUGUCUUGGAUGGAGAACUUAUUGCGACAACAUCUUUUACAAAAACUUUAUGACUGAAAACUGCCCAAAAACUUGUGGAUUCUGUAACACAGCUACCAUGAGACCAGGAGUUUCUUCCACUAUUCGUCCUGGAAUGACAACUACCCGUCCAUGGACUAACAACUGUACUGAUAAACUUGCCACCGGUGGAUUCAAUGAGUGCCUUGGAUGGAGAAGAUUCUGCAGAAACGUGUCUUACAGAGAGUUCAUGACUGAAAACUGCGCUCGCACCUGUGGAUUCUGUUCUUCUUCCACAAUGCGUCCAGGUCUUACUUCUACUACUCGCCGAGGAACACUCACUUCUACUAGCCGUUCAGUAACUCUAUCAAACACUUGUACCGAUAAAUUGAAUGCAAGUGGAAGCAACGCUUGUGCUGUCUGGAGAUCCUACUGUAACGAUAUCUUCUAUAAGGAUUUCAUGACCGAGAACUGCCCACAAACUUGCGGAUUUUGCACUCCAUUUUCUGGAUCUUCCUCUACCCUCCGUCCAGGAAUGUCAUCAACAGUUCGCCCGGGAAUGACAUCUCGCCCAGGAUCCUGUAUCGAUAGCCGUUCUGAUUGCCCAUCCAACAGAAAUCUCUGUAACAACUAUUCAUUCAGAGAGCAAAUGAGAAUCCAAUGCCCAAGAACUUGUGGAUUCUGCCAAUAA